GAGUCCCCCCACUCCCCACCUAAUCACCAUUUUCCUUUUCAUUUCAUUUUUGUUUAUGUUCUCUCUCUUUCCCUAAAUCCAAACUCCCGAAAGUUCCAAAUUUCUAGUUCCCCCCAUUCAUUUGAUCUCUCGCCUUCCAUUUUUACCAAAACAAAAUUGGAAGCAACCUAACCCUCACCUUCUCUCUCUCUAAAAUUGUCGUCCUUCUCUCUUCGCUCUCGCUCUCCCAUGGCGGUUCAUCACUCCAUUUCCUUCCUUCAGGUAUGGCCUUGGAUGGAGAUCUCGUGAUUCGUCUGUGGCUUCGCUUGCCUGCCAUCGGCUUAUACAUCAACAUAUAUAUACAUAUAAUAUUGUUUUGGUACAGAGGUGUAGUAGUGGGGCUUUGAAGAGGAAAAUCAAGCAGUAGUUAUGGGAUAUCUUAAUUCUGUUUUCUCAUCUACUAGCCAGUUUUCUGCUGAUGACACACCUGUUAGCGGUGGUGGCCUCAGUCAGAAUGGUAAGUUCAGUUACGGGUAUGCAAGCUCUCCUGGGAAGAGGUCAUCAAUGGAGGAUUUUUAUGAGACAAGAAUAGAUGGUGUGGAUGGAGAGAUAGUCGGUCUUUUUGGAGUUUUUGAUGGCCAUGGGGGUGCUCGAGCUGCAGAAUAUGUGAAACAAAAUCUUUUUAGUAAUCUGAUCAAACAUCCAAAGUUCAUUUCUGAUACCAAAUCUGCUAUAGGUUUGUAUUUUCUUUGCAGUUGCUUUGAAUUGUUCAACCAAUUUACUUCAUAUUUAUUCUGGAUUCUCCUUUCUACAGCUGAUGCAUACAGUCAUACAGACUCAGAAUUUCUGAAAUCAGAAAAUAACCAAAACAGAGAUGCUGGAUCAACUGCUUCCACUGCCAUCCUUGUAGGUGACCGUUUACUAGUGGCGAAUGUUGGGGAUUCCCGAGCUGUUAUUUGCAGGGGGGGUGAUGCCAUUGCUGUUUCUCGUGAUCACAAGCCAGACCAGACUGAUGAGAGACAGCGUAUUGAAGAUGCUGGAGGUUUUGUGAUGUGGGCAGGAACUUGGAGAGUUGGAGGUGUUCUUGCAGUUUCUCGUGCAUUUGGUGAUCGACUUUUGAAACAGUUUGUUGUUGCUGAUCCAGAAAUUCAGGAGCAAAAGGUUGACAGCUCUCUGGAGUUCCUUAUUCUUGCAAGCGACGGACUGUGGGAUGUUGUAACAAAUGAGGAGGCCGUUGCCAUGGUUAAACCAAUCCAAGAGCCAGAGGCAGGGGCGAAGAGGCUGAUGCAGGAAGCAUGCCAGAGAGGCAGUGGAGAUAACAUUACCAUUGUUGUUGUACGUUUCCUGGCCAACCAAGAAGCUUCUGCUCCUGGCAGCUGUGAUUAAGAACCUUCGCCUGUCUGCUCUUCGAGGCAGGAGUGAAUUACCGUAUCUGCAUUGGACAAUGUUUACCAAUUAGGAAUAUGAGCAUGGACUCUUUAGUCUUAAUUAGGGUUGCUAGUCCGGAUAUUGCAUUUUCACCCAUUUGGAUAGAGUUGCAUUUGGAAUUGUAGCCAACUAGAAAUUAUGCGUGCUUGAGAUUGUAAAAUCCGUAUCUUGAUUUCGAAUGUUGUAUAGUCUGAACAUCAGUCAUCGUUCCUUUAAUAAUUGUGCGUUCCUGUGGUAAA